CGCCGCCAUCGCAAACGACGCACCUUCGGUUUCCGUGGCUUCUGAGGCUUCGCUGCCCUCUAUUCUUCUGUCUCCCAGCAUGGACAAGGACGUUCAAUUCACUGGUCGCGCGACGAUCACCAUCCACCUUGCGGACGCCCCGCCGGUCGUCGUGUGGACCUCUCUCAAUAGCUGGCAAACGCCUCUAGAGAUGAUCGCCGACAGCCCUCCGUCCAACACCUACCGCAUUCAAGUAUAUAACGUCCCUGAGCAGUCUUUCCAGUACAAGGUUCGGGCUGGUAACCGUUGGGUCCUGGACGACAAUAUGCCUAUCGCGCAGGACCAAGCCGGUAACCACAACAACGUCGGCUAUACGGAGCACAUCCCUCGAGCGGGCACUCCUGAUUCUUCCACCAUGGCAAACGGAGACCUGGCUCAGAACACCGAACGUAGGACUGGAAGGCAGGAUGGCCUUAUACCGCUCGUCUCCAUCCCGCCUCUCGACAGUGGGCACGCCCAGACAGACAUGAGACCGAAGACCAGCGAAACUAUGGUAUCACAAGGCGAGCCCGACGUAGAAGAAGAUCUCCUGUAUGAUGUCGAUCCCGGCUACAACGCCGACCAGGAGGCACCUCUUCUUCGCCAUGAGACUUUCAAAGAAGAGCCAGACAGCAGUCUUCACACCCAAGACGACGUUAGACCGGGCCCUCGUCCUCGCUCUCCGCCAAUGGCUACGAUCCAAGAAGAGACCAUGACCGCCGACGAUGGUGGUACGGACUCUCAGCCAGGUACGCCUUCUUCACUUGAACAGGCAAGGGAGUACCAACGCCUUUUGAUCGAGGCAAUGCCUACCAGCAUUGCCAAUGGAUUUACGCGAGCCUUCGUUCUCUUCCCUGUGCGACCACCCGAUGAGGCUAGCGAGUUAGACAAUGCCCCGCUUAUGCGCCACGAAACGAUGACGACCCCGGAUGGUAGGCAUCGAAUUGAACAACAAGACGAGCUUUCGCAUGCUCCUCUGAUGCGCCACGAGACCGUCCUCAGGGAUGAUGACGACGAUUCUCAAAUUCAAGACAUCAGUGAGUUCGAGCAGGCUCCUCUCAUGCGGCAUGAGACCAACCUGGCAUCUUCUGAACCCGACGAACUUGGUCAUGCCCCUCUGAUGAGGCAUGAGACCAACGUCGCAUCGUCUGCGAUUGAUGAACCUGCCGGAUUUCAACACACUCCUUCAAUGCGAUUCGAGGCGGCCCUCAGUCCGGAAGUUACAUAUGGCGACUCCGCAGAACGACGUGUGUCGUACAGCACGACACUGGUAGACGAGGAGAAUGGCGCUGACGAUGAGCUUUCGCACGCACCGUUAAUGCGACAUGAGACCGUCCCUGGUCAUUUCGAUGACUCCGAGCAGAGCAGCCUGUACUCUGAGCGAAUGAUGUUUCUAAUGGAAACAUCCAAUCCUCCCACACUGGUCGGUCCUCAGAGGUCAUCGUCAGUAUACAGUCAUGGCUUGAAUGAGCUCGACCGUGCGCUACUCCCGCACGAGAUGCCAGACUGGUGGGUGAGCGACGAGAGUGCCUUCGACGAUUGGCUUGAUCCACGUGCCGCUCCCGAUUACCACGCCAACAUUGCCUAUUACGAGGCAAGCGAUGGUUCCAGCGAGGGCGACGACGACGAGAGCGUCGCAGAGCUCGAUCGUGCACCAACAAUGUCGCAUGAAAACGGCAGUGAGACCACUGGAGAGUUAAAUCGGGCGCCCACUUUACCACACGAGGUCGGAAACAGUACCUCUUCCAGCAGCUCUAGAACAGACGAGCUCGACUCUGCUCCGAUGUUACCGCACGAGGCGCAAUAUGCCAGUGAUACUCAGGCCUUUCCUAAGUCCGAUGGCGCAUCUUCAGAGCGGCGUCGUAGAGGCGUCAGUGAUAAUGAUGCCGCAAGCCAGCGCUCGAAGACCCGGCGUAUCAUCAGCGGUGAGGAGGACUUGUUGUCGACAAGCAAGACCAAUUCUUUCACAUCGGAGCGUUUGCGCGAAGCCUUCAAAUCUAGGAUCUUUGGAGCCAACCGCCAAUCAACACGAGAUGCCGAGAACGAUUUCGACUUUGGGGGGACGCCGCUGUUGACUCACGAACGAACAUAUCCACUGCCCGAUAGAGCCAGCAACGACAGCCUGGGAAGCAUUUGGAAGCAACAUAACAUCGAGAUCCCGGAUAUCCCGUCCUUUGCGAGGCGUUUGAGUUCCGGUGUCUACCGUUUUCAGCGAAGUAAUUUGCCACAUCGGAUGCCGCGCUCUGACGCAGAAGACCUGGACCUUCGCGAUCCUUCUCUCGAGAUAUUCCCAAUGGAUCGAGAACAAGUUUUCGGUCGUGUGCGUGACAUUAGUCAUCGCCUUGCAGAAGACGAAGUGCGGUCGCCGCUCGGCGAACUCGAUUCGCCAGCAGUUGUUUCGCACGCAAGUUCGUCUGUCAAUUUGGUCUCGAUUCGCUCUUCGUCGACGAUGUCGCUGCACUCUAUCCGCGAGGAUGCAUCCGAGAACGAAGACGAAUCACAACUUCCUUCUCCGGUACUGAUGCUAGCCUCGCGCGUGCCGAAGACCUCGCCCAUCAACAUCCCGAGGGUCUCCACUAGACAGCAUGCUGGUAUUAUUCAUGAAGAGAUGGAAAUCUCGGAAGCGACCAACUUCAAACGACAUGGCAAGGUAUUCGACACUGUUGUUCUGCCCCCAGAGCCCCCUCAGGCCAACGUCGCGUUGCCCCCAAAACCGGCUACCAUCUCAUUCAACGAGCCCACUGAUGCGAACGCGAUCGGUAAAGCCAAGCAUCGAUGCCGCACCCCAUAUCCAGACGUGGGUACCAGCGACGAAGAGGAUGGCGGUCAUAUCACCCGAAAGUUAUGUGCACACUUUCGGGAAUGUUUCCCGUCGCGCCGUGCCAGUAUAGUAUCGGUCGGUAUUCUAGUUGCUGGAGCUGCUUGGUUGUGGAAGAGAUGGACCUGAGACGGCGCUUUGUUCCGCUCGGGCGGUCAUGUACAAUAC